GGUUGAGGGCCGAGGCUGGCUUUGGAGUCAAGCCGCCGGAGUCGUUUGGCUGGGAGGGGAACCGAGCCGACUGGGCAGCGGACCAGCGGUUCCCCCCGGGGCCGUCCCCCUGCUCCCGUCAUAGGGCUUGUUAUUCUGUUGGCAGCAGCGACUGAGCCUGCAUGAAGCCUCUCUGCGACCACAGGGCCGGCAGUCGCGUCGCCCUCGGUAACAUGCAGCUGCGGGAGGAGGAGGAGCAGGUCAAGGCGUGAGGAGGAGCCGCGGCGGGUUCUGCUUUUUGUUUGUUUUGGUUUCGGACGUGUCUUUCUUUUCCUCCCGGUUCGUGCUUUGGUUCGCCUCACAGGAGGAAAAUGGAGUCCUUCCCCAGUAGCGAUCGAGUUCAGUUACCUAGAAAUAUGAUUGAAAACAGCAUGUUUGAGGAAGAGCCUGAUGUGGUUGACUUGGCUAAAGAGCCUAGCUUGCAUCCUUUGGAGCCCGAUGAAGUAGAAUAUGAACCAAGAAGUUCUCGUCUUCUUGUACGUGGUCUUGGAGAUCAUGAAAUGGAUGAGGAUGAAGAGGAUUAUGAAUCAUCAUCAGCCAAACUUCUGGGAAUGUCUUUCAUGAAUAGAAGCACUAGCCUGCGUAAUAAUAUGGCUGGUUAUAGACAGCGUUCAAAUGGAUCAUGUUCUGCUCCAUCUGUUAGGACCACAGUAAUCUGUGUAGUUGUUCUUGUGAUUGCUGUCUCUGUAAUAAUGGCAAUCUAUCUUCUCCCCAAGUGCACUUUUACCAAGGAAGGUUGUCACAACAAAAACCACACAAUGGAAGAUAUAUAUCCUUUGGCAACUAAUGGAAAGCCUUUUCCAUGGGCUCAUUUUAGGCUUCCAGGUGCUAUUGUUCCAGUACAUUAUGAUAUCGUUCUGCAGCCAAAUCUAACCACAAUGAGAUUUACAGGUUCUGUUCGGAUAACUGUGGACGUUAUUCAGGUUAUUACGCAUAUCAUACUUCAUAGUUCAAAGCUUAAUAUUACCAAGGUAACCCUUGCUUCACUGGGUUCAAGCCAGCCAAAACCAGCAGAUUUUCUGGAAUAUCCAAUGAAUGACCAGAUUGCAAUUAUAGCUCCAGAAGCUCUUCUUGCUGGACAAAGAUAUAACAUCAGCAUGGAGUAUUCCUCUAAUUUAUCAGACACUUACUCUGGCUUUUAUAAAAUUGCCUUUAAGAAUAACAACUUAACAAGUUGGCUUGCAGCAACUCAGUUUGAGCCCCUGUCAGCAAGAGCGGCAUUCCCUUGCUUUGAUGAACCAGCAUUGAAAGCCACUUUUCAAGUCAAAGUCAAGAGAGAACAACAACACUGUGUUCUUUCAAAUAUGCCAAAGACAUCAUCCAACCGACUGGCAAAUGGAUUAUUUCAAGACGAAUUCUCUGUGAGCUUGAAAAUGAGCACUUACUUAGUAGCUGUCAUUGUUGGAAAUCUGGCAUGUACCAGUAAGGACACAAAUGAGACUGUGGUAUCUGUCUGUGCUGUACCACAAAAGCUGGGGCAGACUGAAUAUGCUUUGAACGCAGCAGUGAAGCUUCUUGAAUUUUACCAGAAUUAUUUUAAUGUAACAUACCCACUUAACAAAAUAGAUUUGGUAGCUCUUCCAGAUUUUCAGGCUGCAGGUAUGGAAAACUGGGGUUUGAUCACUUUUCGAGAGACAGCACUCCUUUAUGAUAAUAAUACCUCUUCAGCAAUUGAUAAAAAGAGAGUAACAGCAGUAAUUGCUCAUGAGCUAGCCCACCAGUGGUUUGGCAAUCUGGUAACAAUGAAGUGGUGGAAUGACCUGUGGCUGAAUGAAGGAUUUGCUACUUUUAUGGAAAAUCUUGCCAUGAAGAUGGUCUUUCCAGACUUGUAUAUGGAUGACAUUUUUUUAAAUCUGCAAUUUAAAGCCAUGGAGAAAGAUUCCAUGAAUUCAUCUCACCCAGUUUCCCUAGCUGUCAACUCAUCAGCAGAGAUUGAACAAAUGUUUGAUGUAGUCUCCUACAUCAAGGGAUCUUCUCUCUUGUUUAUGUUAAAAAAUUAUCUUCAUAAAGAUGUUUUCCAAGCUGGCAUUCAGAUCUAUUUGCAUGACUACAGAUAUGGUUCCACAUGCAGUGAUAACUUAUGGGACAGUAUGAAUAAGGUGACACAUGGAGCAGCUGAUGUAAGAACAAUUAUGAACACUUGGACAAUUCAGAAAGGAUUUCCAUUGGUGACAGUCACAAGGGAAGGAAAAAAAAUCCAUUUGAAUCAGGAAAGAUUUGUGCAUAAUACAGAAUUGGAAAAUCAGAUCUUAUCUUCAAGCUUUCUCUGGCAGAUUCCUCUUUCUUACAUCACCAACAAUGACAGCUCUGCAUCGCAGACAUACUUACUGGAUAAAAAGUCAGGUGUAAUUGACUAUCCUCAUGAAAUAGAGUGGAUGAAGUUCAAUGUGAAGGCAAAUGGUUACUAUAUUGUGCAUUAUGCUGAUAAUGACUGGAUUGCUCUAAUUGAACUACUGAAGACAAAUCCCAGUAUUUUUGAUCCCAAAGACAGAGCCAAUUUGAUCCAUAACAUAUUCAUUCUGGCUAGGAUAGGAAAAGUCCCUUUGGCCAUGGCUUUCAAUCUGUUAGACUAUAUAGUGAAAGAAAACAGCACUGCUCCAAUCAUGCAAGCUUUGCACCAAAUCAGUCGUAUUUUCAAUCUAGUUCAGAAACGGGGAAUCCUGGACCUCUCAUCCAGAGUGUUGUAUAGGAUUGAAAAAUUAUUUGGAGACAAGAUUGAACAAGCAUGGAACAAUAAUAAGACCCUCGCAGAACUAGAGCUACAGUCAAGUCUACUAGGUUUUGCCUGUUCCUGUGGUUUAGGGAACUGUAGUUCAAUUGCUUCUAACCUAUUUAUCACAUGGAAGGAAUCCAAUGGGACAGGAAGCCUGCCAACAAAUGUUAUGAAGAUUGUAUUCACAGCUGGAGCAAAAACUGAAACUGGCUGGCAAUUCCUUUUAAAGAUGUAUUCCUUUGUAGAUUCUGAGCCAGAAAAACUCAAAAUACUUGAAUCUCUGGCCAGCACAAAUGAUGUUCACAAACUCAUCUGGUUAAUGCAAGCUAGCCUGCAAGGAGUCGUAAUCAGAUCACAGGAUCUUCCAACUGUCAUAAAAACUAUCAGUCAAAAUUUGCCUGGACAUUUAUUGGCAUGGGAUUUUGUCAAAGAAAGUUGGGAUCAGCUUAUCAAAAAGUUUCACCGUGGAUCAUACACUAUUCAAAGCAUUGUAACUUCAACAACAUAUCAAUUCUCAACACUGGAGCACCUGCUUGAGGUUAAGACAUUCUUUGAAUCAAAGUCAGAGGAAACUGCUCAGUUGCGAUAUGUACAAGAAGCUAUGGAGACAAUUCAACUGAAUAUCCAGUGGAUGGAAAAAAACUUGGCACUCCUGGAAAAAUUGCUAUAGUAAUCACAAUUCUCUUACAGCUUAUAUUAGUCACUAGGAAUGCUGCAACCCUUGGUCUUUUGCUUUUGCAAAAAAAAAAAAAAAAAGUUAAACAUGAGCAAUGCAAUUUUUGUUUUUUGCACUGUGAGAGAGGGUUCUAGUUAGCUCAGGGUUCAUCUCUUCUGAAUUGGCUCUCUUUGGAGUAUUUAUGGACUGGACAUAGAUGCUAAUUAGGGAAAAGCUCAUUGAUUGACCAGACAUUUACACCAAACAAGGAUACUGUAAUAACUUUUAAAAUUGAGGUACAGCUCCCUUCCAUUGUAGGAAAACGGAAUUCCAUUUCUACAUAUAGAGUACAUUUUUACUUCAUGAAAAGACAAGAGAGCAAGACAAACACUCCUGAGACCUGCUAUUUCUCUGCAAAAUUCAGUUUGGUCUUUCUCACUGUGCAUGGUUUCUUGAAUUGUAAAUAUUGUCCCUGCUAUAAAGCAUUUUUUUUCCAUCACCAUUAUAAGCAGGGGCUAAAACACAAUUAAUGAAGGUGAACAGGUGAAGUCAAAAGUUAGGGUUGGGGGAGUUCUGGGUUUUGAUUUAUCUAAGUAUUUUCUAGAAAUUAUGCAAAUAGCAGAAUUUUUGUUCUUUCGUUGCCUACAACAUGGCUAGAUGUUACUAGUACUAUGUACUGAAUAAGUUGAAUUACCUUUUGUAAACACAAAGUAAAAUGUUAAGAGAGCUGUGCUGAACCACCCCAUAGAAGUUUUCAAACAGGUUCUAAAUUAUAGCUUGGAAAAUGUUUAUAUCGUGAAAUGGUUGUGUCCAGUAAUUCCCUUUCCCCAAGUAUCCAACAAAUCUAAAGUUUACAUUUAUGAAUAUGUAUUUUUCCUCAAGUAGUUUACACAUUUAUGUGUGUAAAUACUUAGAAGUGAAUCUAUCAGUCUUGCCCACAAAGCUGCCAAAAAGCACAAGUAGCUGGUAACAUUACUGUACUAUUGGCAAGGAAAAGAAGUUGUUCCAACCUUCUGCGAUAAGAGAUCUUCUUGAAGACCCCAUUAAGUUUUCAGAUUCCAGUUUUGUUUCUCACUUUGAUGUAGCUGCUUAGAAGAAUGUAGUACACUGUUUCAUCAAUUUCAGAAUUAUCAGCUUGGGAAUUUCCUGGUUUCAAUUCCUUUUCAAUGAUGUUUCGCACUGUUCUGUAAAUAGAUAUUUCUGAAAAUAGACCAUGCCUAUGCUUUGACCAAAGUCGAUAUUUGUCAGAUCAUGAGACAUACUAUUUGUGUCACCCAUCCUUGUUCUAAAACCAAAAAUAAAGCAUGCCAGAUUGAAUAUUACAACUAUCCCACACUUGUGAAACUCUUCUACUCUGUGCUGAUUUUUUAUAGUAAAGUAAAUAACUGGCAUUUGAGACAUUAUUGUCAAUAGUUUUAUGUGUUAUUUAGUAGAGUUCUAAAACUCUCCAAUAAAAUACUGCAUUAUAGAAGAAUUGAGAAGAAUAAAAAUGGAUGAAAAAGUUAAAUGUUUUGAUUUAGGCCAGCUUCCCCAACUUGAUGGUUUUUAGAUGUUUUAGAGCUACAAAUUCCAAAAUUCUUAGCCACUAUGUUGAGACUUACAGAUCUGCGACUUGUAGUUCCAACACAUUUGAAAGGGCACCAGAUGGGUAAUGCUUUCAAUCAUUUGAACUGCUAUACAGGACUGUUAGUUUCUGAGUUUGUUCCUAUCAAAGAGGAUAGUUUAAUAAGUUCCUUUUUCAAGCAAACAUCAACUUGGAAGCAUAUGGCUCUGAUUUGAUGUCAGCUUUUGAGACAUGCCUUUUUUCUCACUGUUUCUGAAAAAGCCCACUUUUUAUUGCAAUGUUGUUCAUAGUAUAGAUUCUACUAUAGAAACAAUCAGAAGUUUGGUUCAAUAUUUUACUACUGAUUUUACUUCAUUUAUUUCUCAUGGAGGAUUACAUACUCUGGAAUGUUUUAGAUCCCGUAAUUUCUGUGCCACAAAGUUCAGUGCUACAUAAACCAGUUAUUUGUUUUGUUACUUCAUAUGUUCUCCAGAAACUGGAAUAUAACAGUGGGAUAAAAUUGAUACAUACUUUGUGCUUCAAAUAAUUCAAAGUGGAGGACUCUGCUAAAGAAUAAAGAAAUUCAGUGUUUGAAGCAAUUUUGGGUCAGUAUGAAAGAGGCAGUUUUCUAGAUCAAGAGAAGCAUUCUAAACCAAUUCUGCUUAAUUAUGAAUUUAACAUCAUAAAAACAUAAACUAGAUAAAUUGUUUUCAGAUAUAUUUCAAUGAUAUUGAAAACAGGAAAAGGAGAAACAUAAACCAAGCAACCUAGUUUUAAUACUUUUGACUCUUUAAUACACUGAAAACAAAGUUAUUGCUACUAAAUAGCUCAGCUUCUAAAUGCAUUGAAAAUUACUCGCCUUGAUAUUAGCCCCCCUGCCAAAUUGGCUCACUUUACAAUGUGAAGAGCAUCUAUCCUGGUUGGUAGAGAAUGUGAGGCUUGCUAUGUUCCUCUCAUAUAUCUGUUUUGUUCCCUACUCUUAUAUUUCUGUGCAUUGCUCUUCCUUCCUUUGAAGCAUUCUGUAGAAUUGUAGCUGCUUUUUUGUUGGAUCAUUUGACACUUAGAAUCAUAUGUAGAGUUGUGCUUGCUACUGGAAAUGUAAACUGGACUUGAAAAUGUAGUACACCUGUGUUCUAGAAUUAGAAUAUUUUGUUUUAAAUGAAGGCACUGAUGCUUUGAGAAUACUUUAAAUUAUUUAUCUUUUAAAAAUGAUUGUCGUUUGCUUUUGAUUUACAUUUGAUUAAUUAUGCUUAAAUGGAGAAACAUUUAAAAUCAAUCAUGUAUGGUUCUGAGAUCCAGUCUUUAUCAAAGCAGUCAGUACACUUACUUGCUUCCAACAAAGUUUGAUUUCCAACAAUCUAUAAUCUGGAAGAGUUGGACUUUCCAUAGGCCAUAGGUUUUAUACCUUAAAUGUAAUUGUCUUGAGUCCAUUCAGAAGAAGAAUUUUCUGUAAUAAUGAAAAUAUGAAAUGCUUUCAUCCAGUUCAAUAAUUGGGGGUGACUUUAAUGGAGUAGAGAAUUUUCUACAUCAAGGACUAAUUAAACUAAUUUGAAUGUCCUCCUUAAUUUUGUUUAUGGUUUCUUAGCUUAGAAAUGCUUGAUUCUCAAAUCUUGAUCAAAGCAUUUGUGCUGCUUUGGAAUCUUAACUCUGCAAUAUCGUCUACAUGUAUCCUGUUGGAAGUGGUAGUGUUUUUUGUUUUGAAGUCCCCCACCCUAAAAUCAGUCACAUUACUGUAGAAAUACAAUGUAGAGCGGUACAAACUAUGUACCUCCCCCAUUAGGUUUCAAAGCUUUCUGUAACAGAUGGGAUUGGAAUACAAAAAAGAAAUGAAUGAGCUCAAUCUUGGUUAUGUUUUCAAUCUGUUUGAAAUAAUAGCUCAUGUGCCUUAAAGUAUAUUAUAAGUAUUGUAAAAUACAUAUAAUGGAAGUCUAUUUUUGUUAAAAGCCCUUCAUAGUUAUGAGUCUCCAUACUUGCAAAGGUUAUUGAGAGAUAGAAUAUUAUGCUUACUCAGUGAAGGAAAACCUUUUUGUUCAAGUUAUAAACAUGUUAGUUUGAACAUCUUAAAACCAAAAACUGAUUUUGGUCUCUGUAGCCAUGAUGCAAAGUUCCACAGAGCUCUAAAUAGCCAAGAGCAUUGUAUGUGCAAUGGCUAGUUUGUUCUCUUUAGUGUUAAGUAUGUAUACUUGAUAUGUACAUGGAGCAUUCAGUAACAUUUAAAAGUGUGUUUCUCUGUAUGUUUGCUUAAAAGCCUUUUAUUAAUGAGCUAAUAAGCCUUAGUCCCAAUAGCCUGGCUUUGUGGAUGAAACGUAUAGCUGUACACAUUUGAAACACAACUCUUAAGUCUACAAACUUUGAAGAAAUACUCAGUUAUUUGCAUCUUACGUAUGUUUAUAUAUUUAUGCAUACCGAUAUGUGCCACUGUGUAUUAUCACAGAUAACUUUUCUGCCUAUUUUAUUUAACAUGGAAAGAUGCCAGGCUGUCUAGUGUACUAUCAUGAUCAGCCCAAAGGUUUUAGCUGUUUUCAGUAUGUUUGUGGAGAAAAUUACUAGAUAUGUGACUUUAGAGUGGCCAUAGUAGUUACAUUUAAUUUUUAAUGUAAAGGAAAAUACACAUAGUUUUUGUCCUGCCUCCACCCAUUAGAUUUUGGUGUGGCCCCAGGCAUGCUACCAAAAGGCCAAAUGUAACUCUUGGUCCAAAAAAUAGCCCAGAUCUAUAGCUUUACCCACGGAUGCACCUCUUUCACAGAUGUAGCAUGGGGAAGGCGAGUACAGGAAGGAGUAGGACCAGUACAUGUUUGCUAUUCUCUCUACUUACUGGCUGAAUGGGGGAGUUCAGUAUAAAGGAUACCUACCCCAAUAUUUAGCGUCAGUUUUUGUUCUCUUUGGAACAGUUGCCAGACAUAAAACUAAAAUUUCUGUUCAGCCUGGAAUCCAAAGUUAUCAAGCAUAAGCAUUAUAGUUUGUUUCCUUCUGGCAAAGCAUUGUGAGUAACAAAGCCAGAUUUCUCUCUGUGGCCACUUACUUGGUAAUCUCUGUGGAAUUUUGAAAAAGUGCUAUGCGUAGUAAUCUAGCAUUUAACUUGUGGGUUUGGAAUGGUUGAGAGUAUUCCAAAUAAUGUUUGAUGAAAAGAUACUACAUUAUGGUUAUUAUUUAGGUGUGUAUGAAAGGGCAUUAAAAGUGCAGGUUUCAGCUAUAAUUGUGCGUGUGUGCGUGUAGCCGUAUUGUGGCUGUAAUUCUGUCAAGAUGCACAAAGCACAGUGAGCCAUUUAAAAUUGCCCAUUUCUAGAGUAAUGAUUCUUUUACUUCAAAUAAUGAAACUCUUCAUUUUUAAAUGCUUUCAAAGCUACUACAUUUUAACUGUAAUGUUAGUAUCUUUAUAUAGCUGUGGGAGAUAGAAUUCAUGUAAUGGAUCUUGCUGCUUUUAAAAACUGCCUGCUCUAUUACAGGUGAAAUUGGACAUGCACUGUGAGGCUAAUACUUGAAAGAAUGUGGCCUUAUUUUUUCUUUAUAGCAUCAUGCUACAGGAUGCUAACCCUUAUAUUUAUAUGACUGUCUAUCUUCCACCUGUUCUGUGUUAGAACAUUCCUCCCUCUGAUGAUAGAUUUGCUUUUUAACAUCCUUCUGGAAGAUGUUAUCUUUCACUGCACUCUGAACUUUUAAAUAUUGCCUCAUUUAAGGAUACACUUUUGUACAUAUUUCACAAAUGGAUGCCCCCAUGCCAAUGCUUAGAUACAUGUUUCUUAAUUUCUACUUCAAAUGCUAGUUGCUAGUCCUCCAAACAUGCAUAUUCUUUUUUUUAAAAGUGCUUGCUGAUGUUUUUUCCAUUAUAUGUUUAUAAUAUUUUAUCCCAUUAAUAUUUCAAGUUUUAGCCAAUUAAAAAUGUUGCUUUGCCAUAUUCUCAGGUCUUGAUAUUUAAGAACUUAAGCCUCCUAGAAUGUUAUGUUUAGUAAUGUUACUAAAACCUGCAAUUUGCAGCAGAAAUGCAGCUCUUUACCCAUGACAUCGCUGCUUUGAUCAAAGCAGUGGUCGGACAUCUUUUUUAGGUUAGUCAUGGCACAUGUAGCAAAUUACUGUAGAAUCUAAGAGUAACCUUUAUAAAAUGUGCAACAGUAUGAUGAAGUUGGAAUGAAUGAUUGAAAGCCACUGAAGACUUUGAAUUUACAGAAUCUUAGGGUGGAUUUAAGAGUAAAUUUGCACCAGAUCUGUGGAGAGAUUGCAGUUCUGUUGAUAACAAGCUGGCUUAACUAAUGAUAACAUCAAAGACGUUCUGGAAUAUCAAGUGUUAUUGGACAUUGAAAGGGAUUACACUUCUCUGUUGAUAUCUCUACAGAAAGCAUAAUGUUCAUUCUUAUCAAGAGAGUAACUCCAAGUUGUAGAAUAUUUGCUUUCAGGAGGAGUAUUUUAGAAAAUGAGAUGUGUGUUUGUGUCUGUAUAUAGAUGUACACAUUAUAUGCAAAUCUGUGGGUUUCCUUAAUUUGUAAAGGACAAAUGAAAGCCUAUUUUCUUAUACUUUGAAUAAAAUGUUGUGUGUAUAACCAGCCUUGACUGAAUGGCAUAUAUAUUGCAAACACAGUUGCAUCUUUUUUGUGAAACAAAAAUAAAACUCUUUAAAUAUAAUCUUAAAUGACUAUCUUGUAUUUUUACUUUAGUAAAAGUAGUUGAAACACA